UUAGACAAUAUGAGAACACGAAGUAUCUCGGAAAGGCUGACGCUAUCAAUCGUUCUACUGUUAUAUGGAGAUCAACUUGCAGCAGAAAAUGCAGAAGGAGUAUGUAAAACGAAGCAAAGCCAUGAUGUUUAUGUACCCUCGAAUGAUCUCUCGUGUGAAAGAGAUGUCUCGGAUAACAAAUCAUUCGUCAUCGAGCGAUACAGACCAAUGAAAAAAUGCACAUCAGAUUUUGAUACAACAGAUGUCCUGGUAUUUACCGUUGCUUCCAACGAAACAGAUGGCUUCAAAAGGUACCUGAGAUCGACCGAGAUUCAUGGAUUUCAUGAUAAAUUGAAUGUCCUUGGUCUAGGCGAGCCUUGGAAAGGCGGUAACGUUGUGCGUUAUGCCGGUGGUGGAUACAAAAUUAAUCUCCUCAAAAAAGCCUUGGAGGAUUAUCAAAAUGAUGAAAAGAAGAUUAUUUUGUUCACUGAUAGCUAUGACGUUAUAUUUCUUGGCGAUCUAUCCAUCAUCGUCGAGCGUUUCCUGGAUACCGACGCUCGAGUCUUAUUUUCCGCGGAGGCGUAUUGCUGGCCGGAUAAAUCUCUGGCAACUCAGUAUCCGCCCGUAUCAAGGGGCAAACGAUACUUGAAUUCCGGUGGUUUCAUCGGUUAUGCGUCUGAUGUGUAUAAGAUCUUAGAGACCGCUGUUAUCAAGGAUGAAGACGAUGAUCAGUUAUUCUACACGACCGUAUAUCUGCAAGAUGAGCUUAGGUUACGGUACAAGAUCAAGCUAGAUCACAAAUCUGAGAUAUUUCAGAAUCUCUACGGUGCGGUAGCCGAUGUAGAGCUCAGAUUCAAGGGAGAAGAGGCUUAUCUUCAAAACAUCGUUUACAACACAGUGCCCUUGGUGCUUCAUGGCAACGGACCCAGCAAGCUGGUCUUAAAUUCCUUAGGCAAUUAUCUGGCCCGCGCUUGGACGCCGGAUGAGGGGUGUUUGGCAUGCUGGGACCAAACCAUUGAACUCGACAAGAUCAAAUCGAAAACAUAUCCGGUUAUUUUAAUAGCCAUUUUUAUCGAGCGUCCUACGCCGUUUCUAGAAGAAUUCUUCCGAGCUAUCUAUCGUCAAUACUAUCCAAAGUCGAAGUUACAUCUGUUUAUUCACAACAAUGUUCCCUAUCACGAAGACGUGGUGGAUGAUUUCUUUGAGAAGAUUGGCCAGGAAUAUCUGAGCGCGAAGCGAAUAUUGCCGAGCGACGAUGUCAGCGAAGUUGACGCGAGGAAGUUGGCAAUGGAGCAUUGCUUAUUGAAGGAGUGUUCCGGAUAUCUGUCGAUCGACGCAGUUGCGCAUCUGGACAAUGAGCAUACGUUGAAGUUACUGGUGGAACAACAGAGAGGGAUCGUCGCGCCCUUGCUCAUACGUCCAUUUAAAGCGUGGAGCAAUUUCUGGGGCGCCAUAACGGAUGAUGGAUUUUACGCACGGAGCUUCGAUUACAUGGAGAUAAUAAAAAAUGAACGCAGGGGACUGUGGAACGUGCCAUUCGUCAGUAACUGCUACUUGAUCAACGCAACGAUUAUAGCAAACAAGGCGACCCGGCCAACCUACGAGGCUGGCGACCUGGACACGGAGAUGGCAUUCGCCCAUGGAAAUCGACAGCGGGGCCUGUUUAUGUACGUCAAUAACCGACUCGAGUUUGGCCAUCUCGUCGAUCCCGAUACCUACGACAUCCGACUCACCUAUCCGGACAUAUACCAGAUCAUAGAAAAUAAGCUGGAUUGGGAGAAAAGAUACAUUCAUUCGAAUUACAGUGAGAAUUUUAAUCCCGACAACAAGCCGAUACAGCCAUGUCCGGACGUCUAUUGGUUUCCCAUUGUUAAUCUCAGGUUCACCAAGGAGCUCGUAGGAAUCGUUGAGACUUUUGGACAAUGGUCGGAUGGAACUAAUCACGAUCCACGAUUGUCGGGUGGCUACGAAAACGUACCAACCCGCGAUAUUCACAUGAACCAAGUUCAGUACGAUCAACAAUGGUUGUAUUUCUUGAAAGAAUACGUUAGGCCGUUGCAGGAGUUCAUCUUCACUGGCUACUUUCACGAUCCACCACGGUCCCUCAUGAAUUUCGUUGUGAGAUAUCGCCCGGACGAGCAAUCAUCCUUGAGGCCGCAUCAUGAUUCUUCGACCUAUACCAUCAACAUCGCCCUGAAUCAAGCGGGAGUGGAUUAUGAAGGCGGUGGAUGCAGGUUCAUCCGAUACAAUUGCUCGGUUACCGACACGAAGCCAGGCUGGAUGCUGAUGCAUCCUGGAAGACUGACGCACUAUCACGAGGGAUUGCUAGUGACUGCGGGCACACGUUACAUCAUGAUCUCUUUCGUAGAUCCGUGAUAGAAUCCUACUGUGAAUCUAUAAACUGUAAUCAUUAUUAAAAAAUGUACUGCCACUGUAUCAAGAAUGAAAAGUAUCAAAAGAAGAGAAAGCUAGCGCGCGGUAUCAAAAAGAAUCGUAA